GGACUUUACAGGCUGCCAUCCCCACCUCACCUCUGAAGGAUGGAUUUAACCGCCACCAUGUCGAGCAAAAGGGCCAAGACCAAGACCACCAAGAAGCGCCCCCAGCGGGCAACGUCCAAUGUGUUCGCCAUGUUUGACCAGUCCCAGAUCCAAGAGUUCAAAGAGGCCUUCAACUUGAUCGACCAGAACCGGGAUGGCUUCAUCGACAAGGAGGACUUGCAUGACAUGCUCGCCUCAAUGGGAAAAAAUCCAACUGAUGAGUACCUGGAUGCCAUGAUGAACGAGGCCCCAGGCCCCAUCAAUUUCACCAUGUUCCUCACCAUGUUUGGAGAGAAGCUGAAUGGCACCGAUCCUGAGGAUGUCAUCAGAAACGCCUUCGCUUGCUUCGACGAGGAAGCCACUGGCACCAUCCAGGAGGAUUACCUGCGGGAGCUGCUCACGACCAUGGGCGACCGGUUCACAGAUGAGGAGGUGGAUGAGCUGUACAGGGAAGCCCCCAUUGACAAGAAGGGCAACUUCAACUACAUCGAGUUCACACGCAUCCUCAAGCACGGCGCAAAGGACAAAGAUGACUGAAGAACUCCAGUUUUCCAGCCAAUGUUCCCUGUUGCCACUUGGGGUAUUUCUGAGACUUUUCUCUUAGAACCCGUUGUGUGCCCUAGCCUACUGCUUUUUGCCUUUCUUGUUUUGUAUUUAUAUAAUCUCAGCCUCUUUGGGCCACUUGUACCUUUAUAAUCAGACUGGAAAUGGGACUUUCUGCCGUUACCUGCCUAGAAAGUCGGUAAUUUAACUUACAGGCAGUUUUGCCCCUCCCGUGUAAUAACUGCAGCCCACACAGAGUCAAUAUAUUUUUUCAGAGAGAGUCAUCCACUCAGUUUUUUCUGAAUGACAAUUAAACUUUCUGAUAAAA